AUGCAGACGAGCAACCCAAAGCCAAAGUCAUCCGGGGACCGACCCGGCAGCCCAUUCCCCGUGACCGUGAUAAUUGUCGGCGCAGGCAUAUUCGGUCUUUCGACUGCACUGGCCAUUGCAAAGCGAUAUCCGUCUACGUCGGUGACUGUAGUAGAUCGACUGACGCCCCCCGUCAUCGAUGGAAGCAGCGUCGACACGACGCGUUGCAUCCGAGCCGACUACGCGGAUCCCAUAUACGCGCGUCUGGCGAAAGAGGCUCAGACGAGGAUCGAGAAUGAUCCCGAGCUCAACCGGUACAUGUUCAAGCAGGGGAUGACGUUCGUCUGCGACGGGGAGGACAGUCGGUUCACGGACCUCUGGAAGACACAGCGGGAAUUAGCGAAAGGGACACACCAUCCAGAUGAGAUUGUGGAUAUGAUGAGUCGCGAGGCUGUUUUCCAGCGUAUCCAUGGUGCUAGUGCCCAACCGCCUCCGGUUGAUACAUUAGCUGGCGGGAAGUCGAGGUGGAAUAUGGCCUACUGCAAUCUACAAGAUGCUUUUAUUGAUGCUGAGGCAUGCGUUGAUGUGUAUUACCAGCGUUGUCUGAAGGAGCCAUCUAUUACUUUCAAGUGCGGUUCCACAGUUGAACGGAUUUGCGUCGAAGAGGGCAUUGCCAAGGGAGUCGAGCUGGAGGACGGUACAAUCCUACCGGCUGAUCUCAUUCUUGUCGCGGCUGGUGCUUGGUCGAAUCGACUCGUAUAUCUUGAGCAGAGAAUUAACCCGAUUGCUAUCGAGGUUGCUUGGGUCAAGGUCACCCCAGAGGAAGAAGGACACUGGAAGCACAUGGCUAUCACGACGAACCUCAGUACCGGUCUGAACUUAUUCCCUCCUUACCGUGGGGAGAUCAAGAUCCUCCGUCGCUCGCCGGGGUAUAAGAAUACCGUGGAAGUUGAGCAUCCAGAAGAUACCUCGAAGACUGUUCAGAUCUCAUACCCGCGAACCAUCGUCACGAAUCCAUCCGAUAUCAUCCCCCGCACGGCCGAAGAUGCACUGAGGGAGAACCUGCGAGAGAUCAUGCCUGAGCUGGCGGAUAGACCAUUUGACAGGACCAAGCUGUGUUGGCUUUGUACAACGCCCACAGCAGAUUUCCUGAUUGCUCCUCACCCACGCAUCCGGGGUAUACACCUCGCCACUGGCGGUUCAGCUCAUGCCUGGAAAUUCCUGCCCAUUAUCGGCGAUCUCGUGGUGGACUCGAUGGACACCGUGUUGGCGCCAGAGCUGGUCACGAAAUGGGCAUAUGAAAGGGGCAGAGAAGGCAGCGAUCAUAAUGCUCCACGGAUGGAUGGGGAACCGGAAGAGCUGCGAGAUGUCGUUCGUUCUGCUCAAGGACUAGCAGGUAUUCCUGCCGGCGUGGACGACGAGAUAUAA